AAACAACCGCUUCAACGAUAUUCAUUUUAUAAUUCUUUUCGUAUGUUACACUUUAUGAAGCAUAUUUCAAUGUCCGAGAAAAAUUAUCAUCGUUUACUAAAUUUCAAAUUUGACCGGAGUCAUUCUGAUAGUACUGUGAGAAAUGAGCGAGAAGUCGAUGAAGUUACACUUGCAAAUAUUUCUAUCAUCCCAGAAUCUAUCGAAAACAAUUUGGACAAGCCAACAUCUCUCAGAGCAUUUGUACAAUUUGACAGUCAAUUCACAGAAAAAGUAAACGACAUUUUUGUGACAUUGAGAUGGAACCAACCUAACUUUACCGAUGAAAUAGUAGGAUACACGGUGCAGUGUUUUUUCAUCGAGGAUUUAAAAGAGAUUCAAAUCUGCGUGGAUAAAAAUAUCACAACUAUAGAAUUAGAGCACAUGGUUCAUAAUCUAACAUUUAACAUGACAUAUUAUUUUCGAGUACGUGCGCAUACUAAAAUUGUUGCUGGGCCUUACACGGAUAUAAUCAAUGUGUCGACUACACAUGAAAAUCCAAUACCUAAAUUAUUAGUAACAACGUCUCUAGGUAUCCAAAUAUGGGACGUGGAUUUAAACAUUACUAAUUUCAUAGUGUCUUUUAUUUAUGAAACUAGGUUUACUUCCAAAAGAUCAAUAAAAAUUAAGAUGACAAGCCAAAGAGAAGGCCCCGAACAUGUAACAUCGAGGAAGAUUUAUAAAAAUAAAAUCACAAAAAUAGCUAGCUUUGAUAAUUAUCUAUAUGAUAAGUCCGUAUACUGA